UCCAAUAAACCAUCAGAAGCACCUUUGGCAGAGGUCAUUUCUGCUCCAGCAGAGAAUGAGGAUCCUGCAGCAUCCAGGUGGGUUGCUUGGAUUCUUGGAAAACACACUGAUAUCUACAGCAGGGUGUCAGCCCUGGGAGUUUUUGUAGCUGUUGUACUCAGACACAGGGUGGAGAUCAUUCUUGCGGUGCUGCCAGGGAAUAAUCAACGCCAGGAAAGACAAAACAAAACCAGGAAGCUCACAUUUCUCGGCUGUCCUCUUGCAGAAGUGAAAGAAGUUCCUAAAAGCCUGGUUCAAGCCUCUGGCAGGAUGGAAGCAGGAGAAGAAGCUCCUCUGCCUAGAACUGCCUGGAAUGGGUAUUUAAGCAAUUUCAGUCAUGGGACCAUAGCAGAAUCUGAAGAUUAACCUUGAUUUUUAAACUCCUCAUUAACCUUCAAAGUGCCAACAGCACCAGGCAAAUCCCGUCUCCUACUGUGUGAAAUGGGCUCCUCAGUGACAGCUUUUUUCCUGAAAAUCAGACACCAGAAGUAGGAGACUCCCAAUCACUCACCAUUUCCUGAAAUCUAGGCUGCAGCCAUCUGAACACUGACACCAACAGUUCCAGGGAGUGACCACUGCAGGGAUUGUCUCAUGCCUUGUCUCAUGCAGAAUUGAUUCCAGCAACAUUCUUCCAGCUGAAUCUCUCCCUCUCACUUGAGGACUGGAUUCUGGUGCCUACAUGUCAUCAGCUUGGAUGAGUCUUUGAGCAGCCUGGAAUAAUGGAAGGUGUCCCUGUCCUGAGCAGGAGGGUUGGAACAAGAUGAUCUUCAAGGUGAAGGCCAAAUUGUUCAGGACACAAAAUACUCACCAGACAGUGGCAGAAAUUUAAACCCAUGAAAUUCCAGUACUUGAAGGGAGCCUACAAGAAAGAUGAAGAGGGGCUUUUCACAAGAGCAUGGAGUGACAGGACAAGGGGGAAUGGCUUCAAAGAGGGCAGCCACUGGUCAAACACAACCUCAGGAGUGACAGCAGCAACCACAGACACGUGGCUGGAUGCUGCCAAUUUGAGUGAAUACCCGUACGAGUACCUGGAUGAGGAGGAUUAUGGGCUCUAUGGCCUCUGCACCAAAGAGGAGGUGCGCUCCUUCGGCAGGGUGUUCUUGCCAUCAUUUUACACCGUGAUCUUCCUGGUUGGAAUGGCUGGGAAUGCCCUCCUGUUUACUGUCCUCCUCAUGUACAUCAAGAAGAAAAAGAAGAUGACUGAGCUGUAUCUGCUGAACCUGGUGGUUUCAGACUUCUUCCUGCUACUGACCCUUCCUUUCUGGGCUCUGUACAUUUCUCAGUGGGUCACCUGGGACAUCUUGUGCCCAUUCUUAAACGCCAUGUACACUCUGAACUUCUACAGUGGCAUCUUCUUUGUGAGCUGCAUGAGCCUGGACAUGUAUCUGCAGAUAGUUCAUGCUUGCUCUCCUCACAGCUCCACAGUGUGUAGGAAUUCCAUCCUCCUCUUAUUAGUGAUGUGGAUCCUUUCCAUAGCUCUCUCCAUUCCUGAUGGCCUCUUCACCAGCACAAGGCAAAUUCACAACAAAACCAUCAUGUGCACCCAGGAUUAUGGCCAGGAACACUUAUUUUGGAAAGUUGUCUUUCGGGUGAUUCAAAACAUCCUGGGAUUCCUUUUCCCCUUCCUCUUCAUGACGUUCUGCUAUUCCCGCAUCAUGUGUGUCCUCAACACCUCACAGAUACCUGGCUCCAGGAGAGCUCUCUGCUUAGUCCUUGCUCUGGUGGGGGUCUUCUUUGUGCUGUGGUGUCCUUACAACGUUGUGCUCAUCCUCCACUCCCUGCAAGAUGUCGGUGUGAUCAGGAGCUGUGAAAGCAGUAGGAAACUGGACUAUGCCCUGCAGAUCACGGAGAGCUUGUCCUUUGUCCACUGCUGUCUCAACCCCUUCCUCUAUGCUUUUGUGAAGAAACGGUUCAGGGCAUAUUUGUGGAAGAUCCCUCAGGCCAUUUUCAGGAGAAGCGCUUUCUUUCCCAUCCAGGACUCCCAGACGAGCGCAUCUUGCAGCAGAUAUGCAGCUGAGAUAGAAAUGUUGAGCAUCACAAAUGCAUCAUAAAUAUUUACAUUAUUUACAUUAUGUAAUGUAAAUAGAGCCCUCUGUGCUCUAUUUUACCAGCUGUGUCCAUGACAGAGUUGGUGUGAGUCCACAGCACUGUGUAACCAGAUAGCUCAUCCUAGCAGCAGCCUUGAGAUGAGGACUUUCCAUACUCAGAGUGGAAAAGUACAUGUGGGAUCUGUUUUUGUUGCAAGUGGAAUUGUUACAAAAGGAUUGUCCUGGAUUUGCACUAGUGAAAGAAACCCAGUUCCCAUCUGGACUAUGUGAGGCAAUAGCAAAUAAAGGAGCAGAUUUCUCAAUGCUGUGCCUUAAAAAAUGCAAAGUGACUCUUGAGAAGAGAAUCUCCUCCUCCCUUGUGUGGGCUGAGGAAUGGAUUUCCAUGUUCAUCCAACAGGCCAGAAACAUUGCCAGGGGAUGGCUUUGCUUCUCCUGGCUCUUACCAUCUGCCAGAUGAUUUAACUGGGAUAAUCUUGUUUUCUACCAGGAGAUACAACAGGAAGGACUGGGCACCUUUAAGCUGAGUUCUUCUCUGUCAUGGUGAGCUGUGCCACACUCAGACCUGCUGAGCAGGGAACUGACUGUCCAAGGGGCAGAGCCUUGGUUAGAGAUCAGUUCGAUCAUCAGCUGAUUUGAGACCAGUUUGAUCAGAACAAAGUUCAAACCACUAACAAUCAGUGAGAAAGAGAUAAAAAGUGGGCUCAGCAGAACAGUGGUGGAGGUAUUUGCCUUCCAAGAUCUGGUUUGACAAGCUAAAAAAGAUCCACAGAUACCACCUGUAACAUAAAUACUGGCUUUGGAAUACCACAGAGUGAGGGCAUAACCUGAACAGAAGAGCACAGAGAACUGAUGGUCAAUCCUUAUUAUCCAGUGUAGCUUUGAAGUUCAAGGUUCUGAGUUUGCUGACUUUUAUUUCAAAGCAUUAUUCACCCCCUAUGCUCCUGAACCUUAAAUGGUCCCUUUCCAUCCUGAAAACCUAUUAAGUCUGUACAGCCUAGAGCUGUACAAUUAAAAUUAUUAAUUUAAGAGAAAACACUCAUCACGUUUAUUUUAUUACUACAUAAAUUUACAGGACUGAGAAGGGCUUUGAGUUGAUCACUGCUGUUAUUUUUCUUCCCAACAUUGCUACAGUGUUUUUCCAAAAUGGUAAGUUUGGGAGCUUUUCUCAAAAAAACAAAGCCAGAAUAAAUAUUUAGCUGAUGCUAUGAUGUGGCCUUCACCCCAGGGGUCACAUCACUGGAGGGCAUGUGGAAAGGGACAGCAGCUGGGAAGCUAAAAAGAAGAUGAAGAUUGUAAUCCCAGACAGAGGAAGGCUCUUGGGACUGUGGAAAACUUAUCAUGGGAUGCUCUAGGGAAGAGCAAAGGUGAGGAAAUAGAGGGGAGUUAAUGUCACUCUCCAUCCUGCAUGAGAAGAGGUCCAAACACCAGUGGCUGGGACAGGCUAUGGUGACAGUCUGGGUAGAUCUGGUUGGCAGCACCCAGAAGAGCAGUGCCAGCUGGGACACGAGGUUCCUGACAUUGUCCCCAAACCCAACCUGGAGAGAGGUAAAAGAGGAGUUUGAGAAGCAGAAGGGAAAGUGGGUAAAGGAGAAGUGCUGUGGUCCCUUCGGGCACUGCUCCACAGCCAGGGGCUGGGUGGGGCGUUUGGAGACUCUGGACUCCUCUGGUGCCAAGCAAAUGCAGUGACUGAAGCUCUUCUCACUCGUGGGGCAGCUCAGCUGCUUUGCUUUGCACUCAGAGCAGUAACACUUCCACUGUUCAUUGGCAAAGCAGUCCUGGGACACCAUGUGCUGUGGAGAACACCAAAAUGUCAGAGACUUUUCCUGCUCUUGGCUUUUGAGACCAAAUCAGCUCAGCUGUGACCUCCUUGCCUCAGUCCUGUGCUCAUUUCCAACAUCCACUUUUGGUUUCAUUUUUUCAGUGGGUGUCCAUAGCCUGGUCUUAAAGGCAGAAAUUACAGAGUGGGAUUCUCUGAACAUUUUCCUUACAAAAAAAUCUGGGCUCCAUGCAGCUUAGAGAAGGGAAUUUGCCUCAUGCCAAAACCCAUCCCCCUAACACAGCAUGAGUGCUGCAGUGGGAUUCCAACAUACCUUCCACCUUAAAAAUCUCUGUUUAUCCAGGGACAGGUUCACUCUGGAGUGCUCCUCAGGGGCAAGGCAAACACUGACAAGCAAUGACAACAGAGGUUGUCAGCUCUGCCUCUGCCUAUCAGCUGAUGGGUGGGGAUAAAAUGCACAUUCCUGCCCCAGCCUGUCUCUAGUCCCAGCUCCCGGCACAG